AUGUCAUUCAGGAAGAAGAAUGAAGGAUAUGGGGGAUGUUGUGAAGGACUUUGUGGCAUUUGUCCCUCGUCAUUGGCGAACUUUGCGCCCGUAACAUCGAACAACCAGCGACGCUUUCCGCCCUUCGUGCAGCCUUUCUCGGAGCCGGUAUGGUCUGAUUCGGAUUGA